AUGGACAGCCCAUCACCCACAGAUUCACCAACGCGCACUUCGCCAUCCGGAACACCCCAAGCACGACAAGUCAAAUGCCCAUCGACAUCUCCACCAACCACCGUAAUCAAGCCGCCGGCAACCAUCAAUAUCAAGAAAGAGGAGCAAGAUGAAGCGUUUCCCAUACAGUCAAUAGACGUCCACGACCCAGGAUAUGAGAGCUCAGUCGAUUUGCCUUUCGCGCAACUAACCGACGUGCAAUUAGAGCUAGAGGAGGAAAAGAGAAGCUACCCAGGAGCCAGUACAUGGGCCGAGGAAGAAGAACAGCUUUUCGAGAUUUUGUUUAAGAGGGGGGACAUCCCACUUGUCCCAGCACACUGGGACGUCGAUUUCAGAGGCAUACCUGUUGUGGAAAGCAUCUUCUCAACAACUGAUGAUAUGCCCCCGAUCAUCUACAGUCGGUCGACCGAUAAAGAGUUCCAAGCAACUAUGGCUCUCAUCCGCCUCAUAGACCUAACAUCUUCUGUUCGGACAACCGUCCAGUCCGGACUCCGCCAGAAGGCACCGCAGCUCAUCAAAAAGUCUCUUGACAAGUACGUCGCCUGGGCUGCUGAAGACGGCGGCUACUCUAAUCUCAGGAUCGUUCCGAAUAUUACCACUGCAGUCAUGGAUGCAGAGUUGGGAGAGAAAGGCAUUACGAGCACCAUUGAGAGGCGUAUGCGUGCAUUAGCCAUGGCGCAGAGAGAAUUCUUGAGAGUUAAUCGUGACGAGUCAUUUUGGGAUGUGUCCGAAGUUGAAAAUGCAGCGAAGCACACCGACUGGCCGGACUUGCUGGUAGAAAAGUAUGUGAAGAGAAUCGAGGAGCAGACCGCGGCAGCUUCAAAAGAUGGCUCUUGCCAAAGCACACCAAUACAACCCAGCACGUCACCUAAGGAUACAACAACAACAGGAGAGUCGACCCGGUCUCCCGAUGCCCAUGGUUUAGUUUCUGACGAAACACACCAGUCUCUCCUCACUACAGUUGAAUAUAGGCAGAAACCACCCGUUGUUUACGGACUCUUCAUCCUCCGCACAUCCGUCUUUGUUCUUACCGUCGACAGUGCCAAGGGGGACUCUGCGUAUGUGAGUUUCCACGUGGACAUGCAUUUCAUGGAUCGCCACCAGAGCGUGUGGAAUGCUCUUACUGCUGCUAUAGCGGUGUGCCUGGCCAGAGACCAGCUUGUGGAGAGGAUGGACGAGUUUGAUGAGUUGCCAGCUCGGGAAGAGAGUGGGAGUGAGGCAUGA